AUGGCGAGAAGUUCACUUACAGAGGAUGCCUUGGUUGUCAGCACUCCAAGUGUUUCAGCUCAUGCCACCAUGAUUGGGAGAAGAACCAAAUCUGCCACGAGAAAGGCAGUUGCGUUACGAGGAUCUGGUUUUCCACUGAAAACCUCGUUAAGAGAGGACGAUUCUGUUGAAAAUCAUCCAGAAAGCUCAAGUUCACCUGAGACUUCAAAUAAGUUCUCUCAACAUACUAGGCAGAGCUCUUUUCCUUCUGAGCCUAGUGAUUUCCUUCCAGAUAAAGAAACUGAGAAUGGUGCCAAGCCAUGGGAAGGAAAGUUGUACCUGUGGAAACCUUUAACUUGUUUGGUUGAAGUAGCAAAAAGGACUAAGUCUGUAAAGUCCAGUUCCCAAGGGUCUGACAACAAAGUAGAACCCACACUAGUUGCUGACAACGAACAACAAGCACGUAGAUCAAAAAUUAAGGAACACAAACGCAAAUCAAACGUUGAGGAUGAAGAGAACACUGAUCCUGUCUAUUUAGUAUCUAUGAAACCUAAAAAGGUGCGAAGGGUCCGGCGAAUAAGGGAAGCUGCUUUUGGGGAAUCAAUGACUUCACCGCAAGCUGUGUUGGAUGCUGCUAGUGCCAAGCAUGAAAGAAGAGUUGGUCCAAUUUGGUUUUCUCUUAUAGCAUCUGAAGACCAGGAUGGAAAUCUACCUGUUUCGUUUGUCCAGAAGUACCUGAUGAUGAAACUAGAUUUAAUUAGUGAAGCUGAGGUUGAGAUAAAAUGCAUGGGACAACCAGUGGUCCCCACUUUGCAGCUGUAUAAUUUAGUUGAUCUAUGGCUGCAAACAUCAUCAACAUCAGAAAGAAUUCAAGCAACCAUUGGGUCCUCAGCCAAGGACUUUGUGAUGGUGCUGGCAUAUGCUCGAAAGGCUCCAGAAUCUUAAUCACCAGUGCAUGUUCUGUGAUUCGGCUGCUUCAGAUUAUAAAUAUUAAUGUUUUCAGUUGAAGCAUUCUGCGUCAGGGGAAUUGGAGGAAAAACCAAACAAACAAACGGAGCAGCUAGCCUAGAAGCGAGCCUGUUGUGGCAUGGUACACAAUCUUUGCAGCACAUCAAGUGCAUUGUACUACUGUACUGUUCCCUCCAUCUCCCUUCUUAAUGAUUAUUUAACACCAUCUAAUGAAGUAACACUCGACUGAGGCACUGUUUUCUAGGCGGCGGCGGCAGCAUGGCGUGUUAGGAACCAUCUUGCUUGUAACAAUAUGCUCUUCUUGUCAUAAAAUUAUAGUGAGCCCUCUCAUCUCUUUCGUUUAAAUUAUGUUGAUGUGUGUCACUAAAACCUGCUGUGAAUAAUAUGGUACAUCUGAUGUUCUUUCUGAUAUUAUACAUGAGUUUCAAUUUAUUUCUUGAAA